UAGAUAAACAAAACACUCGGUAUUUACUGACUCUCACAUUCGAGUCUCCUCCAUCGAUAACAGAGAGCUUUUGAUCUUUAGCUGAUUUUAGGAGGGAAAUGGACUCUUGAACUUCCAAAAUCCCCAAUUUCAGAUUACCAGAAAUUAAUUACCAAACACUUUUUACUUCUUCAUUCUUCCUUACAAUUCACCACAGGAAUCCAAAGCUUGGACACGACUAGACGAGGAGAGGAGAUUUGGAGAGGAAGAAGACAAUGUUUGCUGCAGAAAACGGACUGAAAGGAGAUCCCAGACUUAAAGGCAUAUCGGAAGCCGUUAGGGUUGUUCCUCACUUCCCUAACCCAGGAAUAGUGUUUCAAGAUAUCACGACGUUGUUUCUUGAUGACAAGGCGUCUAAAGACAUGGUCGACAUUAUUGUAUAUUUUUACAGAUAUAAGGACAUUUCUCUCGUUGCCGGUACCGUAGGAUACUAUUUCUGUCAGGAUUCGAGAUACAGCGUGCUCGAGCUCACAAAAUGAAUUGUGGGCACCCGUCUUUGUAGACUUCAUACAGUCAUACUGAAAAAGAAAACAGUUUCCAGGAAAUGUAACCUUAAUGUUGGAAGCCUGAGCUUAUAAUAAUUGUUGAUGUUUAAUGCAGUGAAUUUUUGUUUUUCCAAA